UCCGCCGCCGCCGCCGCCGCCAUGGCCCGGCCACUGGUGCCCAGCUCGCAGAAGGCGCUGCUGCUGGAGCUCAAGGGGCUGCAGGAGGAGCCGGUCGAGGGCUUCCGCGUGACGUUGGUGGACGAGGGCGACCUGUACAACUGGGAGGUGGCCAUCUUCGGGCCGCCCAACACCUACUACGAAGGCGGCUACUUCAAGGCUCGGCUCAAGUUCCCCCUGGAUUACCCGUACUCCCCGCCGGCCUUCCGGUUCCUGACCAAGAUGUGGCACCCGAACAUCUACGAGACAGGGGACGUGUGCAUCUCCAUCCUGCACCCCCCGGUCGACGACCCCCAGAGUGGGGAGCUGCCCUCCGAGCGCUGGAACCCCACACAGAACGUGAGGACCAUCCUCCUGAGCGUGAUCUCUCUGCUCAACGAGCCCAACACCUUCUCGCCAGCCAACGUGGACGCGUCCGUGAUGUACAGGAAGUGGAAGGAGAGCAAGGGGAGGGACCGGGAGUACACAGACAUCAUCCGGAAGCAGGUGCUGGGGACCAAGGUGGACGCGGAGCGGGACGGCGUGAAGGUGCCCACCACGCUGGCCGAGUACUGCGUGCGGAGCAAGGCGCCGCUGCCCGACGAGGGCGCAGACCUGUUCUACGAUGACUACUACGAGGACGCGGACGCCGAGGCCGAGGGCGACAGCUGCUUCGGGGACGAGGACGAGGACUCGGGCGCCGAGGAGUCCUGACCGCACCUGCCCCGCCCCGGGGAAUAAACUGCAGCGCGCACCUCGCGCCCGAGCCGCAGUGUCGGCACCACCUCGCUUGUUUGGUUUCACUCUUUUCUUUCUCCGCGUUUGUUCUGCUCCUGCUCCGGAGGAGAGGGGCCCCGGGGCCGGGUGCAGCCCAGGAGCCGCAGGGAGCCCACAUGGGCCGCGGCCUGGCCCGCGAGGACCACACCGUGCCGUGGGGCCUGCGGCCAGGAGCCUGGGGCCAGAGCCGGCUCUCCCAGGCAGGGGCCUGGCUGCCUCUCUCUCUGCUUCGAUUUGGAAUCCAAUAAAACUGCUUUGUGAGA